AGUAAUAGAAAAAAUCGUUCACUUUUUUCUACGGUUUUCAGUGCCUUUUGCUCUGGCCCUGUUAGUUGUAACAAUUAUGUUACUCAGUAAUUUAUCUCCCCGCAGUAUCUGUUGUAAUGGGCUUUGACUUGAACUGCCAGCCGGGUGGUUUUGAUGUGCCCCUAUAGGGUCAUCGAAAACCUGUUCCGUCCCCUUCUGUCUGCACCCAGAACCGUCUCUUCCUCCUUUGCCUCACUGUCAUUUCACGCCUGUGGCAGCCAGCUGAGACAGUGGGUUUGGACAGGAAAUUCCAUCUAAUGUGAAAUGGAGGUCCUCGCCAGUGGGUAGCAGCAGGGGACAGUUGCAGGGGUUUUGUUUGUGCUCGAAGCAGUCGAAGUCGGGAACGCAGAAACGAAGUGGGCGCGGGAGACCCAAGACAGACUGCCCCCGGACCGACGGCCGGUUGUCUCGGGUCGGUUUCAGCGUGUGAGUUCCUUGGCAUCGUGGACAAAGAGGAAGCAGAACCAAGGAGAGCUGGCGGGCGUUUUCAGAGAGGGAGGGCGGGUGCCCCGCAGUGGAGCGCGCACAGAAAGCCUGUCGGGAGGAGCCAGCCUCCAUUUCUCCGUUUCAGAUUUCGGCCUAUUAAGGGAAGGCAAGAGGAACUAAAGGAAGUCAUUGAACGUUUUAAGAAAGAUGAACACUUGGAGAAAGCCUUCAAAUGUUUGACUUCAGGCGAAUGGGCACGGCAUUAUUUUCUCAACAAGAACAAAAUGCAAGAGAAAUUAUUCAAGGAACAUGUAUUUAUUUACUUGCGAAUGUUUGCAACUGACAGUGGAUUUGAAAUAUUACCUUGUAAUAGAUACUCAUCUGAACAAAAUGGAGCCAAAAUAGUUGCAACAAAAGAGUGGAAACGAAAUGACAAAAUAGAAUUACUGGUGGGUUGUAUUGCCGAACUUUCAGAAAUUGAGGAGAACAUGCUACUUAGACACGGAGAGAACGACUUCAGUGUCAUGUAUUCCACGAGGAAAAACUGUGCUCAGCUCUGGCUUGGCCCCGCUGCCUUUAUCAACCAUGAUUGCAGACCUAACUGCAAGUUUGUGUCAACUGGUCGAGACACGGCGUGUGUGAAGGCCCUGAGAGACAUUGAGCCUGGGGAAGAGAUUUCUUGUUAUUACGGAGACGGGUUUUUUGGAGAAAAUAAUGAGUUCUGCGAGUGUUACACUUGCGAAAGACGGGGAACCGGUGCUUUUAAAUCCAGAGUGGGACUGCCUGCACCUGCUCCUGUUAUCAAUAGCAAAUACGGACUCAGAGAGACAGAUAAACGCUUAAAUAGGCUUAAAAAGUUAGGUGACAGCAGCAAAAACUCAGACAGUCAAUCUGUCAGCUCUAACACUGAUGCAGAUACCACUCAGGAAAAAAACAAUGCAACUCCUAACCGAAAAUCUUCCGUCGGUGUGAAAAAGAACAGCAAGAACAGAACAUUAACAAGGCAGUCUAUGUCAAGAAUUCCAGCUUCUUCCAACUCUACCUCAUCUAAGCUAACUCACGUAAACAAUUCCAGGGUACCAAAGAAACUGAAAAAGCCUACAAAGCCUUUACUUUCAAAGAUAAAAUUAAGAAAUCAUUGCAAACGGCUGGAGCAAAAGAGCGCUUCAAGAAAACUCGAGAUGGGAAACUUAGUACUCAAAGAGCCCAAAGUAGUUCUGUAUAAAAACUUACCCAUUAAGAAAGAGAAGGAGCCCGAGGGACCGGCUCCGGCUGCGGCGGCCGGCGGGUGCUUAACUAGACACGCGGCGCGGGAGAACCGGGCGGGCUCCGGGCGAGGCGCCCCGCCGCUGGGGCACGGCGCCCCCUGCGCCUACACCACCAGGCGGUCCGCGCGGACGAGGACGACCCCGAAGGAGCCCUCUGACCUCCCGCUGGAUCCCAGCCCGUCGGACGGCUAUAACAGCGGCUCGCCAGCAGCGGGCCCAGACGGCGGUGGCAGCGAGCAGCCGGCUGCCCGGGCACAGGAGGGGGACCUGACCCCCGAGGCGGCGCCCAGCGGGGAAGCCAAGUGUCCAAGGAGUGACAGCGGCCUGUCGAAGAAGAAAUCACGGCAAGGGAAACUUGGGAAACCGUCGGCGAAAGCCGAGGAGACUGCCGAGGGGCCGGACUCCCCUGGAGAAGCCAGCGUGGCGCCCGAGGUGCUGGGGGCCCCCUGCGAGCCGGCCGAGCACGGCGCCUCGGAACCCGCGCCCGGGGCCUACCCGGACUGGGCGCCUUCGCCCGGCGGCGGGCCGGUCAUCACGUCCGACAGCUUCAAGACGAAGGACGGCUUCAGAACUGCAAAAAGUAAAAAGAAGAGGCGAAUCACCAGGUAUGACGCACAGCUGAUCCUGGAGAAUAACUCUGGGAUCCCCAAAUUGACUCUUCGGAGGCGCCACGACAGCAGCAGCAAGACCAACGACCCGGAGAGCGACGGCAUGAAUUCCUCAAAAAUAAGCAUCAAGCUAAGCAAAGACCACGAGAACGAUAACAACCUGUAUGUAGCCAAGCUCAACAACGGCUUUAACUCAGGGUCGGGCAGCAGCGCCACGAAACUGAAGAUCCAGCUGAAGCGCGACGAGGAGGGUCGGGGGCCGCACCCGGAGGGGCUCCACGAGAACGGGCUGUGCUGCGGCGACCCUCUCUCGCUGCUGGAGUCCCGCAUGGAAGUGGACGACUACGGCCGGUACGGGGAGGAGAGCACGGACGAGCCCUCCUCCUCCGACGGCGACGAGGAGGACGAGGACUACGAGGAGGACUUCGAGGACGACUUCAUUCCCCUCCCUCCGGCCAAGCGCCUGCGGCUGAUCGUGGGCAAGGACUCCAUCGACAUUGACAUCUCCUCCCGGAGGAGAGAAGACCAGUCUCUGCGGCUCAACGCAUGAGCGCGCGGUCUCGGUUUGGCUUGGGAAGCCUACUUUAAAGAAAUAAAAACAAAUUCCCGUCAGUAAUUCCUCACCCGAGACCGUUGUAGUGGCCGCGCUUCCCUCGUCUCUCCACUUAGCAGCGUCAUACUGUAGAAAGUGUACAGCCCGCUGACUCUCCCUAGGUCUGAUUUGUGCAAAUUUUUAUUGUACUUUUUAAAUAGCCUUCCUACGUGCAAUUCUGAGUUAGAGGGAAAGCCCAGUUGUAAAAUAAAGGCUCAAGCGAAAUUGUACAGUGAUAGCGACUUUCCACACGGGACGUUGAAAACAAUAAUGUGGCUACACAAUUUUCUUUCUCCUUUUUUUUUUUCUCUCUUUUUUUUUAACCAAGAGCAUCAACUGGCUCUUUAAUAUAUGACUAAACAAUAAUUUAAAACAAAUCAUAGUAGCAGCAUAUUAAGGUUUUCUAGUAUAUGCUAAUAUCACCAGCAAUGAUCUUUGGCUUUUUGAUUUAUUUGCUAGAUGUCCCCCCCACCUCGGAGUUUUGUCAUUUCACACUGUCCGCUGGCCCAGGUGUACUGUGCGUGGCCUUGCUCAAAAGAGCAAACCAUCGGUCGGGAGUUGAAUUGGUUUCUUUAAAAAAAAAAAAAAAGUACAACGACACACAUGACCGCUCGUUUUCCAGUACAUUUUCUGUACGAGAGCGGCAGUGUGGAGGACGAGUUCCGAGUCGGUGUAUUUAUUGCUUGUCAUGUAAAUUAAAGACCUUGUAUUUAACACUUUUCAAUCCUUUUAGAUAAAAUUGUUCUUUGCAAGAAUGAUUGGUGCUUAUUUUUUCAAAACUUUGCUGUGAACAAAUGUGAUGACAACAGGCAACAUUUAUCUAAUGAACUACAGCUCUCUUAAUUUGGGUCUUCAAGGUUUCUGUUGCACUUGUAAAAUGCUACAAGGAAUAUUAAAAACUCUAUUCACUUUAACUUAUAAUAGUUUAUGAAAUAAAAACAUGAGUCACAGCUUUUGUUCUGUGGUAACCUAUAAAAAUGUUUGUCUUUGAAAUUCAAUGUAAAGAACUGAGAACGAUGUAUAUGUUGUAAAUAUUUGUGUGUUGUGAGAAAUUUUUGUCAUAAGAAAUUAAAAGAACUUACCAGGAAGGUUUUUAAGUUUAGAAAUAUUCAUGCCAAUAAAAUAGGAGAUUAUAAAAUAUAUAGUUUUAAGCACUGCAUCAGUGGGAGUUCUUGGCUUAUGUUAGUUUAUGUAUGAAAAUAUCAAAGAUUUUUUGACUAUAUUAUCAGUUAAACGAAAAGAGGAGUCAGAUUUAAUUUUUUUUGAAGCACUUUGAGAAGAGAAAUUAAUUUUAAGUAACUUAAUGAGCAAAUUUUUGAUUACUACUUUAUGUUCAAUACCAACCUUUCAUUUCUCUGGAUUAUUUUACAAAUCAUUGGACAAAGAAUUUGGGAAUAUAAAGCUGUAGCAGGUGUUUCACGCCAGUGGGUCUCCUUAUUUCUGGGAAAUGUGUACGUGUACUUUCAGAUAUACAGUGUUCCUGAGUAAGAUCGAUUUAGGGGAUUCGUGUAGUGUCUAUAGAAAAGUAGCCCAUGUCUUAAGAUAUUAAAAGGAAUCUGCCCGUAACAAAAAGUCCAGUGGAGAAAACCUCAAUGCUUACUCUUACUUUUGGUGAUUCCUGCUGGUUGCCAGGUUCUGGGGAACAUCCUUUAAACUGAGUCCCAUAAAACAGUUGCCAAUAGGGGUUCCAUGUAGAAAUUAAUAAUGCUCAUAAAAGUCUUUGCAAUGUAGAGUUUUUGUUUCUCCUCAUGUUCUUUAAGGAGUUACUCGUGUGGUCUUAACGUCACCUCAUUCCCGUCUGUCCCAUGCAGGUCACCCCUCAGGUAGCGUGGAGGGCAGGUGCAGACCCGAUUCCCUGCUGCACCCCCCUCCCCCGCCCCUGCUCCGCGUGUGGUCUGUCCCCCGCUGCGAAGCAGAACAGUUCCCCCGGGUUCUGUCCUGAGGCCCUCAGAGCGCGUUGUGGACCACAUCCGUCCUCACAUUGUCCCUCGGGGGAGAAGUGUGAGUCUCCAGCCACUGAGGAAGGUCGAGCAUAGACUCCGUGUCUGGAAAGUACCAGAAAGCCGUGGGCCACCCCUUUCACUCCGCCUUAGUGUGGAGUGUGUCGAAGAGGUUCAGAGACUUGAGUCUCAGACCGUCUCCCGGAAUACCAACGACAGCCAUUUCAGGAAUUUCCCCCUAAAGGAAAAAGUCACAAAAUACCACAUUUCCCACAUUUCUCCAUUUCGAAGCUUAAUUUUAGUAACUUAUUUACGUCUGUUUUAACUUGAUUGUGGCCUCGGCUUUUCGAGGCUGACCUUCCCCGUGGCCCCGGGGCGGGGUGCACAAACCUUUCAGGGAAACCUGAUUUCCGUUUUUCCAGGUGGGGGCCUCAGAGCUGCUCGGGCUCCGCCGUGGAACUUCCCCGUGUGGGAUGGCGAGAGCCACACACGGGUGACACGGUGACCACUUGGAAGAGGCCGCGUUCCAUACAACUUCAAGCUUGAGCUUGCGCAAUGAUUCGUAAAGAUUUUGGCAUUGUGAGAAUUAGGAGAUGAUCAUAAAAAUACAUGUAAAGUGUUCGAUUUUCAAUCAUUUUUCAAAUUACUGUUUUAAAUUGUUUUGCUGAGUUGUAAUACCUUUGAGAUACAAUGUAUUCCUUGUACUGAAAGAAUGAAAAAAAAAGGACUUUUUCAGCAUUUGAGGUAAGUUCUUUAAUGUUUCAUUAAAAACAUUUUUUACAAAUAUUUUGUACAUGCACUUGCAGUAUUGAGGUUAAUCAUUUUAAUAAAUUCGGAAAUUG